CAAUCUGUAAUAUUUAUCAUCUUUGUUUGUUUUCUGCUAUAAAACCUUAAUUUGUCUCCGCCCACCGGAACACAUGAGUCAUCUGUUCUCUUUCACGUCCGCACUUCAGAUGUAAAUACCGGCGAUCAGCCAGAUUUAACUUAUUCGUUUCUGACGAUCUAAACUCAAUAGAAUAGACAAUGUCUGGCCGCGGUAAGGGAGGAAAAGGACUCGGUAAAGGAGGCGCAAAGCGUCACCGGAAGGUUCUCCGUGAUAACAUCCAGGGGAUCACCAAGCCCGCUAUCCGCCGUCUGGCUCGCCGUGGUGGAGUGAAGCGGAUCUCCGGUCUGAUCUACGAGGAGACCCGUGGUGUGUUGAAGGUCUUCCUGGAGAACGUGAUCCGUGAUGCCGUCACCUACACCGAGCACGCCAAGAGAAAGACGGUGACCGCCAUGGAUGUGGUUUAUGCUCUGAAGAGGCAGGGACGCACUCUGUACGGCUUCGGAGGUUAGACACAUCCCGUCUGUUACUGAACAACAAAGGCCCUUUUCAGGGCCGCACAAA